AUGAGACGAAACGAAAAAAAUAUUAACCUGGCAGUUUCAGGCAUCACAUGCGUUCAGUGCACGCCUGUUCAGCUGGAGAUACUGCGCCGCGCUGGUGCGAUGCCGGUAUCGUCGCGUAGAUGCGGCAUGAUAACGAGAAGAGAGGCUGAAAGGCUUUGCAAGAGUUUUUUGGGCGACAACGCACCGCCCAGGCUGCCCGACGAUUUCGCCUUCGCGGUGCACCACGAAUGCGCUUGGGGGUGCCGCGGGUCGUUUUUGCCGUCGCGUUACAACUCAUCUCGCGCCAAGUGCAUCAAGUGUACCGUUUGCGGUCUGUUCUUCUCGCCGAACAAGUUCAUCUUUCAUUCGCAUCGUUUGUCUCCGAACGAUAAGUACGUGCAACCUGACGCGGCCAAUUUCAAUUCGUGGCGACGACACAUGAAGCUGACCGGUGCUCCUCACGAAGAAAUCGUUCACGCCUGGGAGGAUGUCAAGGCCAUGUUCAACGGUGGCACCAGGAAGAGAUUGCUGGCCAACUCGAUACUACCGCGGGCCGCUAAACAAACGAAAAUCGAAUCGCAAUCGCCCCCAAUAGUUCCUUCGCCGAGAAUCCCGAACUGUCAAGACAUCUCCUUACCCAUAUCAAGAGUCGCCAUGGACUUCAUCUAUCACAAACCCUUGGCUUUUUCAUCGUACUCCACUUUCCCGUGGCUCAAACGGGGGCCCAUCAUAUUUCCCCAGGAAAAUCACUAUUUUUCCCUCGACAAAACAUAUCAGUCUGCGUUUAAACCAGUUCAACCCAUCGUCGAGAGAAGUGUCACGCAAGAAGAGCAAGACAGUGAUGAUGAGGUCGACAUCGAGACCACAGAUGACACCACCAGCCCUCUCCAUUGGGAUCUCAAGGAAGAAAAGGAUUUCAAAGUAACAUCAAUUUAAGCA